GGCGCUCCCGGCGCUCCCGGACCUCCGAGCCCGGGCCUGGGUACUCGGGAUCCCGCCGCCGGGGCCGCAGCAUGGGGCGCUUCGGCGGGGGCCUGCGGUGCAUCAAGUACCUGCUGCUCGGCUUCAACCUGCUCUUCUGGCUGGCAGGGUCGGCUGUCAUUGCUUUUGGACUGUGGUUUCGGUUUGGAGGCACCAUGAAGGAUUUCUCAUCGGAGGACAGUUCCCCAGAGUACUUCUACAUGGGGCUCUAUGUGCUGGUUGGAGCAGGGGCCCUGAUGAUGGCCGUGGGCUUCUUCGGGUGCUGUGGAGCCACGCGGGAGUCCCAGUGUGUCCUCGGAUCUUUUUUUACCUGCCUAUUGGUGAUAUUUGCUGCUGAAAUAACCACUGGAGUAUUUGCUUUUAUAGGCAAGGAUGUAGCUAUACGACAUGUUCAGACCAUGUAUGAAGAAGCUUAUAAUGAUUACCUUAGAGACAGGGAAAAGGGAAAUGGGACUCUCAUCACCUUCCACUCAACAUUUCAGUGCUGUGGAAAAGAAAGCUCUGAACAGGUCCAACCCACCUGCCCAAAGGAGCUCCUAGGACACAAGAAUUGCAUUGAUGAAAUUGAGAGCAUAAUCAGUGUUAAGCUCCAGCUCAUCGGAAUUGUCGGUAUUGGAAUCGCAGGUCUCACGAUCUUUGGCAUGAUAUUCAGCAUGGUCCUUUGCUGUGCGAUACGAAAUUCACGAGAUGUCAUAUGAAGCUACUUCUACAUGAAAAUUGUAAUCUAGAGCAUACAAAUGUCACAGGAGCUGUCUCCUGGCUCAUUUUUAAUAUU